UGGCGCUGGCAUUGUCGCAGUGAUCGACUUGAGACGAUCGUGAGCAGAUCACGGCUAUCUAUUACUACUGCACAACGGCAUUCUACAACUCAUCAAAAGAGAUGAGGUGCAUAGCAGCAUUUGUGCUGCUGCAUUGCGCCAGUGCAUUUGUUGCGCCGACGGCGUCGACGCGACGCAGCCAUGUCCAGCUGCAUGCUGCCGCAGUCAUCGAACCUGCGAAGGACGUCCCGAAACUACUCGAGAAACAGCGAGCGACCGUCGAUGCAUUGAAGGGCGUGGCUCCCGACUUCUCGGAGGUGGCACUGCUGCGCUUCGCGCUGGCGUUUCCGACGCAGAGCGAAGCGGCGACGGCCCUGAAGGAGACGCUCGCCUGGCGCAGCGGAGCAGGCAGCGAGAUCGUCGCCAAGGCGGGUGCGGCGUACAAGGAGGCGUUCGCUACGGGUAAGUGGAACAACGACCCCGUCCGCGAGGGCGCGCCGCAUGCGAAGACGAUCAAUCAAUACAUCACCGAGAAAAAUAUCCUCACCAUGUCGACGGCCGAGGGGGAUCUGGUCUACGUGAUUCGCGCCUCUCUCAUAGAUGAUACCAAAAUGAUGCGUCAAGUGAGUGUCGCGCAGCUGACGGAGUUCCUGCUCUACGUCAAGGAGAUUCACGCGCUCGUCGCGGACGCUAGAUCAGCAAGGACAGGCCGACUCUGCACCGUCGUGUUCGCUAACGACAUUUCGGGAAUCUCACAGAUCCCGGACCGAAAGUUCUCCCAAGCCCUGACGCAGUCAUCAGAACAGUACGAGAAGCUGUACCCAUCUUUGGCCGGCGCGACAAUGAUCAUGAAUCUGCCGUUCGUUUUGCAGGCGUUCGUCGGGCUCUUCACGCCAUUAUUCCCGCAGUCGCUUCAGGACCGCCUCAAGUUCGUUCCGGCUCCCUAUUUGGGCAAGCUCAAGGACCUCACGCCGCUCGCCGGCGGCGCGAGUCGAAAGGUCUUCCUCGGCGAGCUCAAGCGGCUACUGAAGAAGUAG